AUGUCCGAAUCCACUAAGACCGGUCUUGCCAUCGGCAUCAACAAGGGCCACAAGGUCACUCCACACGAGUCCAAGGCCAGAAUCUCCCGAACCAAGGGAAAGGCCUCCAAGCGUACUCUUUUCGUCAGGGACAUCGUCAGAGAGGUUGCUGGUCUUGCUCCAUAUGAGAAGCGUGUUAUCGAAUUGAUCAGGAACAGCAAGGACAAGCGUGCCAGGAAGCUCGCAAAGAAGAGACUCGGAACAUUCGGCCGUGCAAAGAGAAAGGUCGACGAACUCACCAGAGUUAUCGCCGAGUCGAGGAGAGCGCACUAA